CAAAUGUUGGAAAGGGAAAAAUGGAGUAUAUUUUCUUACACCCAUCACCCAUGUCAACAAACAAACCCAUUGUUAUCUCAUUUGUUGUAUUGACUCUUUAUUUCCCUCUCUUCUACCUUUCUCUCUCUUAACCUUCUAUCUCUUUUGCACUUUUCUACACAAAAAAGAGGGAACCCAGAAGCUAAAGCUUCUAUUAAUCCAAUAAAAUUAGCUUUAAAAUUCUUCAUCUUCCCUAAAACUUAACUCUUAACUCUUAAACCCUAUUUAUAUUCAAAGGGUUUUAGCAGUUUAUUUUUUGUAAAGAUUAAACCAGACUACAUUAAAUCAUUUAAUCUAUUUAUUCUUUUUUGUAUGUUUGAAAAAGAUUUACCCUUUUUGGGUAUAUUUGUUAUUGAUUUAUUGUGUGUUUCUGGUUUGAUAAUUUCACACAAAUUGGGAAAAUUUGACUCCUUUUUCUGCUUGAUGGGUAUAUUGAAAAACCCUUCAAAAUUUGUACUUUAUGCUAAUGGUGUUAGGUAACAGCUGGUUCUCUGAAUUGAACUUUUCAUUGUUUUUUCCAUUGGCUCCAAUAAGUUGGGAUUUUUAGUGAAUUUUCACUAAAAUUAGUGGAAGAAAAAGAUGAUUCAAUUGUUGUUUGUGGUUUUGUUCAUGGAAGGUGUUGUGGCAUUUCUUCUUUUGGUGAAAAUUGGUCCAUUAAGAGAGUUGGUGAUGAAGUGCUUGGAUCAAGUGAAAAUAGGGAAAGGCCCAGCAACUGUAAAGACAAUUGCUGGUACAAUGUCUGUGAUUUUGGCUUCAAGUGUUAUGAGCAUCUUCAAGAUUCAGAAUAAAGGUGCUAAACUUGGUACUAUGUCACCCAUGGAUCAAGUCCUUUGGAGGACCCACUUGCUUGAGGCUAGUCUUAUGGGAUUCACUAUAUUUCUCGGCUUAUUGAUUGACCGUAUGCACCAUUAUGUCGGUAAGCUCAUCAAUAUUAGAAGCAAGGUUGGGACAUCGAAAGAGGAAGUUGAGAAGCUCGAGAACGAAAACCAGCAGCUGAAGGAAAAGGAAGAGAAAUCUUCCAAAGAAUUAGCAGUACUUCAGAUGCAACUAUCAAAAUUAGCAAAUGAGAUAAAUGAUCUAAAGGAUGAAUCACAUGAGAAAGACAAGAAAAUUGAGAUCGAGGAGGCUCACGUAGUAGCCCUUCAGAAACAAUCCGCGGAAUUGCUCCUCGAGUAUGAUCACCUUUUGGAACAAAAUCAAUACCUUCAAAUGCAACUUUUGAGUAAGUGAUGAUAGAAUGUGAAUAAAGUCCGUACAAAGAAUGAGAUUCGUUUGGUUAAGGUUGCUAGUGCUAGAGCCUUCUUUUUGACGAAAUUGGUAUCGAAAAUGGUGAAAGAGCCUUCUUUUUGGUCUAGGUGUUUGGGGUUAGAAUGAAGGGUUUAAAUUAAGUCGAUGUAUGCUCGGUGAUGCUAAAAGUUUUGCGAAAUUGGUAUCGAAAACAUGUCCAUAUUUUGAUUCAUAUUCAUAUAUAUAGUAUUUAGACCUUGACUUUGCGCGAGAAUACUGGUUGAAGACCAAGACAUUCAUAUGCUAUAUACUUCGCAACCACAAAGUUUGUACUUUGAUCCCAUUUCAAGUGAAAUAUUACUUAUGGUAGUUGAGCAAGCUAGACUCUUCAAGUAAUAGCAAUUGAAUUGAUUUUAGUUUUGAUUCAAAAAUUUAUAUGUAAAGGUUGGUUAUGGUAAAACUAAAAGUAAUAUACUUAUUGACUUAUUGUCCAUUUUUUCAUAACCAGUAAUUUUCAAUGAAAAUGCAAAUGAUAAUUGAUUUUCCUUUGU